AUGUCCUCCAAACGCAAGACAACUCACCCCAGUAGGCUUCAAAGUAGGUCACAUCAAACACCGACAGACGACCAACAGGAAGACCACGCGGCGAAUGGCACCUCCCCAACGAGUUCCCUGUCAUUGGAAGACAGCCAGUUACCCAGCGGAGACCAAUCACCUAGAGUCGACCACGAACCGUCCUCUCCACUAACAACCAGCCUCGAAAGGUCGUCGAAGACUGCGACUCUUAUUUUCCCUUCAGCCUCCUCCCCACUCGCCUCCUUGUCCUGCGAAACAUCCCUGUCGUCACAGAGUAGUAAAGCAGACAUGGAAUUUGCGUCUUACCUCAGUUUGCCACAUUUGCACCAACACCACAUGACCAGUGGCUUUGGUAGCACACUGCCCGCCGAUAUACUCAACCUCUCGCCUGGCGCUGGGUGCACUCUCCCCCGGGGCCCUAUGGGCGCCCCCACCUUCACAGUUCCCCGUACCGUGGGCGUUCAAACGGUUGACUCAACCCCACUGACAGGAGUGAAGUCGGCUGUCGAUGGCACAACAGUUAAAUCCCAAAGACAAAUUGCCUCCGAAGACAUCACCUCCAUUCUGCGCAGUGCCUGCCUCUCCAACACCCUCUCGACGGAGGAGAAGAUCCUGCUAUUGAGUGAGGUGGCAGGACAAGUUAGUGGACUUAAGCGACAAUUGAACUCUUUGUCGGCGUCUCUGGCAGGCUUCAAGGUGAGUAUGACCUUGGCUUCUGUUCGUGUUAAUUUUUCUAACACGCAUUUUUAAAGUCUCAGGGUUAGCCAUGAAGCCGCCUGGGAAAAUUUACGGGGAAGAUAAGACGUCUACUUGAAAGCUCGAGGCAACUAGUAAACGUACACAAACCAACGUGUCACUCGUGAAUGUACUGCUUUUUGUCAAAAUCAAGUCAUCAUCGUGGUGUAUCAGAGCUCACCUGAACCUGUUUAAAUCAAGCCGUGAGUUUUUCGAGUCUUGCUAUCCUGGGCCCACGCAAUGACAACUGCUCAAAUCCGGUAAGACUCGUUGGUUCAGCUGGCCAGGAAGAUUGCCGAACAAAACUAGUAAUUUUCGCCAUCGUCUAAGUCAGCUUUAAAUUAUUUAUCAUUGCGAUUGGCAUUAAAAUAUUGGGAGAUUUGAAUCACUGUUUCAUGAGUUGCGGCGCCGACCGCAUACGAAAUAAGUUUCCCAAAUCUCCCGUCGAAUCAAUGGAGGACGUUAUCAUCCAGCACCGAGAAAAAUUACCUGGCUGGUAGGUGUAUCUAAGCAACUAGUUAGGGGAAGUUUUUUGUAGUGAAUUAAUCCGAAUUUAGUUUCGGAGAGGAUGAGGAUUUACGCUGAUGUAUAUGGGCGGAUUGGGAAAGUGGGAAGCACAAAUUUUCCUUAUUUCACACUUAGGCAAAAGCUGGAUCUUGUUUAAAUUACUCCUAACUCCCCAGACCCCUCUUUUCGAAAGACUUUCUGUUUCAUAACAUUCUGAGUAAAAGAAGUCCGGAAAUGUGCACAAAAGUAGGCAAAGGAGUUGAAUCUCUUGUCGAUCGUCAGUGUAUUCGCUGCCCAACAAACAGUGCCUGAAAUGACUUCCCUGGCUUGGCAGUGUUUCCCUGAAAAUUGGCUCUCUAUCCUACCAGCUGGGUCUCUCUUCCCUGUCGAAACUAUGCAACAGCGUCGACAGUGACUUGCUUAUGUAGUUACCUGCCACCUCGGAGUAGAACGGUUAAAUCUUUUGGAUAUCUGUCCGGAACGCUUAGGAAAGUCGUGCAAAAAAUUCCUCUCCGAUUUGUUAUGGGACGCAAGCUCUGACAGUGGACAGUCGUGUUGAAGCUUCAAUCUGUUAACAUGCCGGUCCCAUAGAGUUCUUUGUUCAUUCAACAGUAUGUACCACUCAGAACAUUUGUCUGCUCCUUUGCCCACUUAUUCAAGAAAUUGCACGGCUUAGGAAUCACUGCGGAAAUCUCUGUCGUCUCCCUCUCUUCCUUUUCUUCUUCUUCUCCGUUUGUAUGUGUCUUCAGGGCGAAAGGAACCCGUUUGAAGUGGAUGGACGUUCGCCUACUUUUAUCGCCUCCCAACCGUCGAAAAGUCUUUGUCUGACUAGAAGGUAGUUGCGAUUUCGGAAGUGAGGGAAGAGGCAGGGGUGGUGGUGGUGGUGGUGGUGAAGAGGGUUAUACAAGACAAAACACACUUCGCUUUGCUGAGAUUUCCGCAGCAUUCUCAAGUGUGUGUGGUCUGGGAGGCGGCGGUCGGACGUGUCCUUUCGCUCGAGCGCAGGUGAUUGCAUUGUCUUGCCCACAAAAACUUUCUUUUCGGACAAACGUCCUUGAGGAGGGACACAAAUAAAAUCACGAAUCUUGAGUGCCCUCUUCCCACCACCCCGCGCAGCCUCCAUUGCGCCCAGUUUCCGUUCUGCUCACGAGCGCGCGCCCAGACAACGUGCUAAUUUACUGCGCUCGGACUAGGGGGACGGCAAGGUAGCAGGGGAGGUCUUCAAUCUGAAGGACACUUCACGGAGGGCGGAGAAGAGGGAGUAAGAACGGAGAAAUCGCGUGGUUCCACUCCUCAUAGCCCUCCUCACCAUCCCCGCAUCAUGCACUUACACACAUCUUCGUGGUGCUAUGUCAUCCGGUUGCCGUCGAUUGCUCCAAGUCUCGAAGCUGACAGGUAUAAGAUGACCGCGGCCGUCAAAUUGGGAUCAUUGGCAAGUGGGUCAACUUUCGUGAUGGGCGGUGGACUGAUGCUCGGGGAUGGAAAGAACAUUUCCGAUGGGCCUACCUACUUGUUUCAUACUACUUGCCGUUCACGUUUGAUGGGCUCUUGGCGGAAGUGGCUACUCGACUGUACGCUGUUGGCCGACAAUGAGCUCUUCUCCGCCUCCACACACAGGAAGAAGCGCGUCGGCCAAACGUAGGAAAAUUGAAGCUGUUGAUAUUUAUUUCGGGCACGGAUGUGGCCAGUAGUAUUGAGAUCCGAAAACAAGAGGACCAGAAAAACGAUUAGAUACCGAAUUAUGUUGGAAGUGUCUGACUGGGCGAGCUGGAUGCAGUGGGGUAUUAUCAUCUCUUGGCAUACACCGGAUCAACGAGACUCCUUUAUUUGGCACUGUCUGUAGUAUUGAUAUUCUGGUGGCAGUUAUCGUAGUUCAUCUGUCGUUGGCCUUUUGGCAACAGUUUUGCAUGUGAUAACCUCAGCCUCCAGUAAUCGCUUCGUUUUCAGCUUCAUACAGCAUGAACUAUUCGUUAUUUUAACUCCGUAUACUACCCAGUGCGCACAUAAUCAAGUGCGUCGCAACGUGAGCCCAUUCAAACUUCCGCCUCGCCAUUUGGGGCUAAAGAAUGAUGUUCUCUUCGGGUCUCAUUCUUAGUUAUGAUUUUCACCCUCCAGUGGUCUGCUCCGUUACGCUAUCUCUUCCCAUCUAUAUGGUUUGUGCAGAAAUGUGCAUAUUCCUUUACACGAUCAUGUCCACCUGCACGACUAAUUCGGGCAAUCUGUGUUGAAUCCCCAAACCAUGUAAUUACUCGAUCUUUCGAAUGUCUUGAUUCUUACGCCUACUCAGACUGGGGUCGGUGAAAAUGCGGAAACUGACCAAUCGGUUGUGAAUUCUAAUGAAUAAGCGCCAAAUUAUGAAUUGUUACCUAUUUAAACUUCUAUAUAUAGGCCGAUGCCUAUUGCUUUAACGAACCCUAAAGAACAUUCUUCAGUUUUCGCUGGUGUCCGAGCCGAAUGUAGUGUUUUCUAAAAAAUGUUUAUCAAAGAGAUAGGUGCAAAUUAGAACGGCGUCGGGCUAUUUACCAGUGAGUUUCCUACCAUUGCAGAAGUCACGUCUAUCCAUUUUAGCAGGGAUUCCGCUGAACCCUUGAUUUGAAUGUUGUGUCUAAUUCGUUCUUUUGAUCCUUUAAAUAGACUGAGGAAGAAGCGCCCCUAAAUCUUACUCAGACCAAAUCGAGCCUAACAACCUUCAACAGAACUGCUAGCAAUAUCCUUCUGGGCUCCUUAGGCUCAAACAACACAGACCUGGCCCUUGGCGAAAUGCCAAACGUUCACACCCAUAUUCCAUCCAUUCAACCAGCAGCCACUGCGGUGAACGGGACAGCUUGUGACAAAACCGAGGAUACCAAGAAACUCAGAUUUCCCCUCGGUCUGCCCAACAGUGAUGCCAGCCUGAAGAUUCCCCAAGCUUUUCAGUCCCUCUCAAAGGUAUUAUACGUAUUUGUACACUUAAGCUGUCUACUAUAAAUAUGUUAGUAGACACUAUUGUGUCGAAAGUACAUUUUCGUUCAUCGGUGACCGCAAGCGCACAUGCUGCUGCUUUCUAUAUGAGAUCCUCUUUCAUAUGAUAACGAGUCCGAAGAUAUGUAUGGCACUGCAGGUCAAUAUUCUCAACCAGUUCUACGUAUGGAUCUUGAGUGUGUGGAAGUAAAGGCAUCCAAAAGUGAGCAAAGGGGUCGAGAGUAGAAACUCUCGAGGACACGAUUCUUUUCUACGUUUUUUGGCAGAAACUGCUGUUCAGCUUACAAACUAACCCCUCCAUGUCUGUUAGCACAGCAUUUUCUGCAUCAACGAAGAAUCAAUAACAAAAGGCUUGUUCUAACAAAACACUGGCGUUCCUUCCAGGAAUUCCUAUUGACCUUCGGAGAUUUUAUUUUUGGGAGCUUCGUCUACCGUCCGUCUUGGAUUAACUAGGGUCUUUGGCUAUAGUAAAUAAAAAUUACUUUUCAGAAAAUAAAACAUCAUUUUACCCUUCUCAUUGCAGGUUCCAUCGUCGGAAUGUAACGAAAAUACCUGCGAACUGUUGCUCAGGGUUCUUCAAGCCUGCCAGAACCCCAACUACUUUUGUGAUUCGAAGAUCACGCAAACAGGUGCCGCCGUUAGGCAGUCUUUAGGCCUCAUCAGUAGCGACCCCAUAGACCCUCAAGAGCAGCCAAGCCUCGGUACAUCCAAACCUCUAUCCACCCCCGUCUGUAACGCAGGGUCCGAGGUCGCAUUUGCUAACUGUCUCUUUCCUCUGGGUAUGCCGGUGCCCGAGACUUUCCUUCAGCGCCCUGGCGAACCACCACUCCUUGCUGCCGGCGACCUCCUCCUGACUGAGAGUUUGCGGUUGGGCUGCCAACCUGGCCGUGGCCUGGAAUUUGGAUCUGCCGUCAGCAGAAGUUUGGACCCAGGCGCCUACUGCAGCCCGACAGCCCAAGUAAUCUCACAGUUCAACCUCGAUCCCAACACUCUGUCCUCUUUCCUGCCCACUCUCUCAGCCCUACAAAACAGCCCCCUGACGAAGGGUAUGGGCCUGGUAACACCACCACAACAACCACCGGUCUCCAUCCCGCCGAUGAACAACACUUCCCCGCCUAACUUCGAUGGCAGCGGCCACACCAGCAAUUGCCACACUCCCUCCAUCGUGACAGGACUGCGUGCAACGACAGCGUCGGCUACAAAGGUCUCAGCUGAUCCCACAGUUUCCCUGCUCCAGCAGCUCACGCGACAGUACUCUAUUAACCCCGGUAGUGGUAUUGGCAGCGGCAGUGGCCUUGGGGAUGUGAGGCCGACUGAACUGUCUGACAGAGACUUAUUGAGCUUGGCAUCUUUGCAGGCGGAAGUAGACACUGCUCACCAUGACGAGAAGCUGGAGGGCGUCGGUGGACAGAACGCCUUUACCAACAUUCUUCAGGCAAGUGUUGGUCGCUCGUCGGCAAAUGGAGGGUGUGAAGCGUUGUCAUCAAAUGCCCGCUCUGCGCAGGCCGGUCAGACGAGGAGAACUGCUACCUUCGAGGUAAGUUAGGCUGCACUUCCGAACGCUACUUGACUGCGUGAUUUGCCUAAAUAGAUGGGGAAUGAAUGGCUACGUGGAUUUUUUAGCUCUUUCCGAGGAAGGUUAGCCGCAUACGUACCCGGUCGCUGCAUGCUGCUGUUAGAAGCCCCAACGCCUGUAACCAACAGUUUAAAACGAUUUAAAAAACCUACCCUUCAUGGGGAGGUCACACCAGUGGACUCUACUGUGCUGCAUGUGCUACUCGCUCUGGUGGGUACUGUCAGGUCUCCGUCAAUGGCAACAGAGCCAGAAUGCAGUGGUGUUAAUGAGCUACGUCAGAAAUACCUGCUUUCCCUGCAAAAACCUUUGUUACCACCGCACAGACAAAGAAAUCAUCAAAGGGAGACAGCAGAGCAUUCAGACUUUGAGGAGAAAGAGGGAGAGAGGGAGAGCCACCUAUGGAUUCACCAUCCUAGUCGUCUGCAAAGAGAGAUAACAGACUCAGGCCUAUCUGCAAAAGAAGAUUUAUUUGGAAGGAGUGGGUUCUACCACUAAAACAAGAACUUCGUGCGCACAAAGUUUUUGAUUCCUACGUUGACUUCUAAUCGAAGAUAGAGAGAGAGACCGACAACGACACUAGACGUACAAGUGGUGCAUCAUUUGUAGUGUGUGGUUACCACGCCACAGAAUACCAAUUAAUUGACACUGAUCGCUGUUGGCUAGCAGUCCUAAUUGUUAAUGUAAUGACCUGUAGAUCCAGGUCCAAGUCGUUCCCCGCCAAGCUUUGAUUGAGAGUGAACAAUACUCCCGGGCCGGUGCUGUAGGGUAUGAUAUCCAAACCCUUAUCGCUCGAAUGACCAAAACCGGAGAUUGAAGCUCGGCGACUAAGGACACGCUUUUAGCGUAACAGGUAUAGCUCAAAUCCGAACAAGAAUUGGCAAAUUAAUUUUGGCAGAUGCCCUCUGGAUAAGGUGCUAAAGAAGUCUCUCGGGCUUUCGUACAGCAAGAUGUCUAUUGGAAUAUGCAGUAUCUGAAUUUUUACUCGCGAAUUCACGCUAACUGCGGUAAAUUAAAUGAUACGGUUGAAUUUGAAAAUACAAACGGCGCGACAGGUAGUUUACAAAUUGAACUUAAAUGACAAAAAUACAUAUUUUCACACGGACAACAGUCUCUUGCCACUGACCAGUUUUCAUAUGGAUGAAUUUUUAUAAGUGAGCAUGCAUCUAAUGAAAAAUAUAAAAAGUAUCGACAUCUGCCCGUUGCCAGUAAUAAACAUGCUUUACGGCGAACAAAUUUGCCGUGGAAAACGACGUUUACCACCAGACUUUCCUAUUAGCGUGCCGCGGGUCCUUCUGGUAGAAAAUGUAACCUAGACUUCAAGGAGGAAAUAGGAUAGAGAACUAUUACCUUUAGGAGUAAUACCGACAAAGGCCACUUGGUUUUUCUGCCGUAAUCAGCUUGUAAUACCCUAUGCCAAGGAGAGCAACCUACUCGAAAUUUCGCAGAUCCCACGGGCAUUUCUGCUUCUGCUGCCGCUGACAGGGGCGCAAAUAGCACACUUUCGGUUGCGUAGCCCAAGUGACAUCUUGGCACGUGACACGUUGGCAUUUUCUGCAACAUUCCCGCGCCGUCUACAUCUGACUAGGAUGAUUUCAGCUCCAAACCCACCCACCUCGUGAGCGGGCACCGGGCACGUGACUGUUCGGAUGAUUGUUGCAAUCGGCUAAAUGUGGUCUGCCCUAGCGACCAGCUUGUUUGGCGCGCCGUGGAUAAGACUGAUAAGAAGGCGAAAAUAAUAACUUGAAAGGUUCAUUUUUGUUGGCGGAUUUUUCUGGUGUUUAGAGUGUUGUGCAGAAGGUAAUUUACAUUUACAUGAGAGCGUGUUCUACCGACCUAUUCUGAUUGCACUUGGAAUUUAUCGCGCAUUCCGCUCUGACUUGUAGCUGCGGUGUAGAGCCCCGGGAGGUGACCACAUGACGGUGAGCAGACAAUUACUUCCGACAGGAACAAAGUAACGUAGCAUCACUUUACCUGAGUCGCAAGUGUCUAGACUAAUGAAAGAUGUGUCGCCUAUCAAGGGUUAUUGCUACUAUACAAAAAGACAACAUCAAUAGCACGGUUACGCCAAAUUGGGACUUUAAAAGAAUGGGAGUUAGGCAGAAAAAUCUCUGCCGUAUAUGCAUGUCAGUGGGCAUUAGGCAGAAAAAUCUUUGCAGUAUAUGCAUGUCACGGGACCUAAGUACACUCUACCCGUAACUUGCGAAUCCAUCCUCACGGCAAAAUCAGCGCUUGAAUCUGCCAGGACGCACUAAGAGUCGCGGCUUGGUAGGUUGCCAACUGGUGGUAUCACUUUAUCCUCAUGGUGAACAUAGUGGACUGACUGGAGAACUGGCAGCGAAGCCAAAAUGACUCUUCUCCAAUGUGGCCUUUAUGGCACUCUCACGCAUGUGAGAUCCGAGUCGCCCUUAUUGUGGUGUCACACAUGUGGAGUGGAGACCAGGUCGUGUGCGACACGUAUGGGCAGGCUAUCUAACUGUAUCAACCAUUGCGCCAGCGCGUACCUGCGCUCGUCUUGGCAUUGUUUUGCCAUCGGAUCAGGGCGGUGGGGGAAGAGAUGCGAGGUCUCGACAGGAAACUCAUGAUUUUUUUCAACUUUGGGUUAAGUCACCCAUCUCACCGACUACAAAGUAUGAAACCAGACGAGGGUAGCCGGUGUACCUCUCCAGGGCGCGGACCAAUUUACGCUCAAAGCCUGGGUCGUCUACGCGAGAGGGGUCAGCCGCGUCAUGGCAUGCGUCGUUGGGUCAGCCGUUGCGUCUUGUCACAUAAUUAGAUGCCCUGACGUAGUCUUACUUCUGGAUCGGGAUAACGGUGGCAAGAGAGAACGCGUGAACCCGAAGCUAUGCAAGUCUUCCUUUCUACAAUCCGAUGUUUGGCCAAGAUGUCAGUGCCAGGGACAGCAAUGUGCCUUGUUGCGUACAACGGACGAACUUUCGACUACAGGAAAUAUUUUCAAUUAUUUCUGAUAAGUGAUUGGUCGCACUGAAUCGUUCACCAUCAACUCCUUACCAAGCCAUUUACUACUUUUCUCUUGUGGACAGGAUUUCUCAAAUUGCGAAUUCAAAGAGACAACAGAAAAGUGCAGCGGAGGGAAGGAGCAGACAAAGGGAAAGAUCUCGAAACGAUUUCACAUAAAGCGACCAAUGAACGCUUUCAUGGUAUGGGCUCGUGAAGAACGGCGGAAAAUACUGAAGGUUAGUCAAGUCGUCUCCGUCCUUAAUUUGCUGACUUUGCACGAAAAGUAGUCGACAUAUAUUAUAUUGCUGAUUUUAAACACUUUCCCAAGCCAACCAUGGGGAGUUAAUCGGAACCGACUUUUCCGAUGAGCCAGUUCACAUGCAAGAUCGGUAGAAAGGUAGAAAACACCAUGAAAGAACAUAGCUUAACGGGACCAGAAUACAUGUGUCUCAAGUCGCAAUAGAACUGCCCUCAUAGGCCGGAGGAAAAACUUCUUCGUUGUUUUUGCUCAAUACAGCGAGACGGCUAACACUGGAAUGAGAUCUCUGUAAAGUAGAUAUUGGAAAUUCAGUCUCAUUUCGCGUCAAAUUUUACCUUGUCUGGUGACUGGUGACCAUACCGGAGUCCAUAACCUUAAACCCCUAUUCCAACCAUAUUCUUGCAUGCCCCGUGUAAUUUUCUUUGUAGGCCUGUCCAGAUAUGCACAACAGCAACAUUUCAAAGAUUCUGGGCGCCAAGUGGAAGGCGAUGUCUACGGAAGAAAAGAAACCCUACUACGAGGAGCAGUCAAGAUUGAGUCGCAAACAUAUGGAGGAACACCCUGACUAUCGGUAUCGUCCGCGGCCAAAGAGGACCUGCAUUGUCGAUGGACGUAAAUUGCGCAUAUCCGAGUACAAAGAGCUCAUGCGCUCGAGACGGACGGACACCAGAAAACAGUGGUUCGGACCUGAGAAUGGGGACACCCAACGGAUUGUGGAGAAUAUCUUGGGUAAGGCUUGACUGCGUCACAGCGCUCGCAUUGAUUCCAAUGACGAUGAAACUUCCUUAGUUCUAACCUAUCUCUUUUCAUUGCUUUCUGAAACCAUCAGGCACUUCUCUAUCAAAGCUGAGAAGCGCUGUGCCAUCAACUGUUAGUGAGAGCAGUUCUCUAAAUGAGAAUCUCGAGGACCCCACCGCUGUGCUUCACAUCCCAGUGCAAUUUGCCCACUUCGGUGACGAGGACGAUGUCCAAAUGGAUGUGGGUGAACUGAUGAGCAGCGCUUCGCCCAGCCCCCUUGGGAGACGGACUCCAGAGGUCAGUCACAAUGCAAGAACUGAAGUGACGCCGGACCAACAGCGGGAACAGCAUCCAGGCGGCGAGGAGGGAAGGCCCCCCAGCCCUCAGUAUUCUCCUCUCUGCCCAGAGAUGAACUUCCACAAUCAUCGACUUAAGCUCCAGUCAGUCGAUGAUUACGGCGUUAGCGUCUGUUCAAAAGAAUCCGUCAGUGAGACGCCAGAGGCAGUGAGACAGUCCUCUUCCAUAUUUUCUUAA